AUCGGAGAUGUUCAGUCUAACGUUACUGAAACUACUGCUUCCAAUCAUGCUCGUCCAAUCGGACGAGCUCCGCCGUUAUGGCGACACUCGCGAUUGGUAUCUGGACAACCUCUACAUCCCGAACCAGAACCCAUCACUGCCUCCCAAUCGGAACGUCCUUCCCGGAAUGGAUGCUCCCAUGCAUGAGUUCGACUGUGAUGCUUACUUCUCGUUGAUUUGGAAGGAGCUGGACUUUGUCCGGAGUUUGCUGGACAAGUGUACCAAUUGCGUCAAGAAUGUCACGUUUCCCGUUUCCAACAAAGACUACUGUUAUAAUGGUCUUUGCUUCGCUGGCGUAGCUUGCCACGAAUACGGUCGCAAACCUUACUGUGACCAAUGUCCAGUGGGUUACGACGGUGACGGGCGAAAUUGUUUCCGGAGGAAUCUCUGCUUGAAAAAACCCUGUUACGAAGGGGUGGACUGCCGAAUGGUGGAUGAGUAUCCAUACUAUCGUUGCGGCAAAUGUCCUUCCGGGUACGAAGGUGAUGGCGAGACUUGUCAACCGAUGGAUACAUGCGUCAAGAAGCCUUGCUUUCCGGGAGUUAGCUGCCGGUGGUCGGCGAAGUCUCCGCAUUUUGAGUGCGGAUCAUGCCCAGCAGGGUACGAAGGGGAUGGACGAUACUGUAGUCGAAAUACUUGUUUGGUUAAACCUUGCUAUACGGGGGUUAGUUGUUCCAAGAAGAAUACGGCACCGUAUUUUACUUGCGGUGGAUGUCCGGUGGGCUUGGCCGGUAAUGGAGUGCUGUGUGGGAAGGAUAGCGAUCAGGAUGGAUAUCCGGAUGUGGCGUUGAGUUGCUCGGAUCCACAGUGCGCAAAGGACAAUUGUUUGGAGUUGCCUAAUUCGGGUCAGGAAGACUUGAAUGGUAACGGAAUUGGUGAUGUUUGUGACAGGGAUAUGGACUUUGACGGACUGUAUAAUGAGAACGAUAACUGUCCAAAUGUGGCAAAUUCGCGGCAGGAAGAUUCGGACGGGGACAAGAUCGGAGAUCAUUGUGAUAACUGUCCAAGUAAUUCCAAUACGGAUCAGCUUGAUGCAGACGGGGAUGGACUUGGGGAUGUGUGUGACAGUGAUCUGGAUGGUGAUGGAUUGAGUAAUGAUAGAGAUAACUGCAUAUGGGUCUCCAACCCUGGACAAGAAGAUCGCGACAGAGACGGCGUAGGGGAUGUUUGUGACAACUGCCCAAACAAUGUCAACAGUGAUCAGAAGGAUUCGGAUGGGGAUGAGGUGGGUGACGUUUGCGAAACAGGUCUGGAUACGGACGGAGAUGGUAUUCAGGAUAAUCGGGACAACUGUUGGAAUGAGAUCAACGCUGACCAGUUGGAUUCAGAUUCGGAUGGGAUUGGGGAUGCUUGUGACGAUGAUAAGGAUAACGAUGGAGUUAUCAAUGAGGAGGAUAAUUGUUUGUUGGUCUCCAAUUCUAACCAAGAGGAUCUGAACAUGAACGGAGUCGGAGAUGCUUGUGAAGUAGACUUCGAUGGAGAUUCCAUAGUGGAUUGGUUGGACAACUGUCCACGCAAUGCACGUAUAAAGCACCCCGACUUCCGGAAGUUUAAAACCAUAGCUCUUGAUCCUGUCGGUCAGAGUCAAUACGAUCCGUAUUGGGAAAUUCGAAACCGAGGUGCGGAGAUCUUCCAGAAGUUCAACAGCGAUCCCGGAUUGGCAAUCGGGCGCGAUCGAUUGCAAGGCGUGGAUUUCGAAGGAACGUUCUUUGUGUCGGAGUCAUCGACAUUUGUGGACGAUGACUUUGUAGGAUUUGUAUUUGGAUUCGUCAACAAUAGGAAAUUUUACAUGGCGUCGUGGAAACAAAGAAACCAAUUAUAUUGGGAAUACAACCCAUUUAAAGCCUAUGCAACAUCUGGAAUUUUAUUAAAACUUGUUAAUAGCACAACCGGACCGGGGAUCGACCUACGAAAUAGCCUGUGGCAUGACGCCAGCGUAACCGGACAGACCCAGCUCCUGUGGCAGGAUCCGAUCAAGAAGGGUUGGAAAUUUUCCACUUCUUACCGAUGGAAGUUGCUCCACCGACCAUCGAUUGGACUGAUUCGAUUCCGACUGUACAAGGGGGAAUUUCUAGAGGCCGACUCGGGCAACAUUUUUGAUCGAACUAUCAAAGGAGGUCGUGUAGGAGUCUACUGUUUCUCGCAGGAGCUAAUCACAUGGUCGAACCUGGUCUACCGCUGCAACGAAAACAUUCCGCAGAACAUUUUCGAAGAAAUCAAACCUCAGCUAUCGGCCAAGCAACUCAAGAAGAUAGCGUCACUCAAGGUCAACGAGGAUUGGUGAUUUCACUUGUUUAUGUAUCAACCCGCACACUCCAGCUAAUAGAUUAAUGUCGCUAUUUGUCACUCCGUUCAAUGCUUUCCGAACCCACGUAAUGUUGAUUGAAUCAUUCCCACCGCUACGAAUGCCAUACCGAACCACUACUGCACUGCAUCAUCCCUAGUGCCGGUGCCGACCAUUUACGGUAUGGAUUCGAUUUGGUCGAAUCCAACUCUAACAUUCCUAAUUUAUUUCUUAAUUUGCACUCACUUAUCAUUUGGUUUC